AUGUUGAGCAAACUAGUUUUUUCCCGUUCUUUGGCCACCGCCGCCAAGGCCGUCAAACCUCCAAUCCAAUUAUUUGGGCUAGACGGUACUUAUGCUACCGCUCUUUUCACCGCCGCUUCCAAGUCCACCUCUGUUGAAAGUGCAGCCAAAUCUCUCUCGCAACUAUCGCAGACCGUGGCCAAGGACACCAAGUUGAGUGCCAUCUUGGCCAACCCAGCUUUGUCCGCCGGGGACAGAACUUUGGUCGUGGACUCCUUGACUAAGGCGCAACCAGACCUAGAUGCUUCCGUCUCCAACUUGCUAAAGGUUCUAGGUGAAAACAACAGACUUGACCUUUUCAGCGGUGUCUCCACCCAAUUUGCCAAGUUGACCGACGCCUACAACGGGCUUGUUCAAGCCACUGUCACCACCGCCCAACCUUUGGACUCCAAGUUGUUCAAGAGAGUUGAAAAAGCCGUCGCAAACUCCAGUUUGGUUGGCCAAGGGAAGACUUUGAAGCUAGAGAACAUUGUCAACCCUGACAUUCAAGGCGGUCUUGUUGUCGAGGUUGCCGACAGAACUGCCGACUUGUCGAUUGCCUCCAAGAUCAACAAGCUCAACCAGUUGUUGAAGGAAACUAUCUAA